AUGUCCAACAAGCUUAUCCCAAAGACACCGUCGGAAGUGAUGGUCAUUCGCGACAUCACACCGAAUGUGGUCACACUCUCUGUACCAUUUGCACGAUUUGGCAUGAUCCGCGUGGGCGGUCGUGCAACCAUAGUACGCCUUACCUCGGGCUCGUUGGCUGUAGUGUCGCCUGUCGCACUCACGCCAGAAGUCAAGGCAAAGGUCUCAGAAAUGGGCGGGCAAGUCGCCUAUCUUAUCGCCCCCGACAUUGAGCACCACAUUUUUCUGUCGGACUGGGCCAAGGAGUUCCCCGGCGCCAAGCUUAUCGGACCCAAGGGCCUGCCAGAGAAGCGUGAAAAGGCAAAUGACGAAAAGAUUGGCAAGGAAAAGUUUAGCUUUAUUUACACGCCCGAGAACCACCAGGACAACAAUAUCGACGCCGACUUUGCCGCCAACUUUGACGUUGAAUACCUGGACUCGCAUCCCAACAAGGAGAUUGUGCUGUUUUUCAAGCCCGAAAAGAUCUUGAUCCAGGCCGAUCUCCUGUUCAACCUCCCCGCCAUUGAGCAGUACUCGCGCGUGCCCGAGGCCGAGAGGAAUUCGCACGGCCUCGUCAACAAGUUCUUCAACAGCAUCCAGAGCACCGAGGGCGAGGCCAAGGGUCUCAAGCGGUUCCUGUGGUACGCCAUGAGCUCGGCCGACCGUCCCGCCUUCAACAAGAGCAUAUCGCGCAUCAACUCGUGGGACUUUGUGACCAUAAUCCCGUGCCACGGAGAGACCAUGGUUGGUAACGGCAAGCCAUUGUUUGAAAAGGUCUUUCAAUGGCAUCUGCAAGGCCACAAAUAG